AGUUGAUUACAUACAGUCAACAUGGAUAGACAGCUCCCUCUGGCCACUAUCAGCCUGGAGUGUCUAUAACCAGGCCAUAAGGACCAACAAUGAUGUCAAAGGCUGGCAUCGUAACACUACGGGCAAAUAAUUGAUAUGACGCGCCAUCCGCUAGGUGCGCUGUAGCAAACUACACUGGACAACAACGUCACAAAUUGCACUGUCUAAAUCCUGGUAAUGUUUUUUAACUCUUCAAAAUUCUUCCAAUUUGGAGGUAAUAAAGUAGCAAAAGUUAAAAAUUUCCAAAAUUCAAGAUUUAAAAUGUAUCCAAAACUGGAUGAAGAUGUGAAAAAAGCAGUGAAAACUUAUAGAAAAUAUAUUCAAACUGCUACUAGAGACUACAUGAAGUAUCUUAAAGUGUAUGGAUUAAAUGAAGGAGAUAUAAAUGAAACGUCAAUCAAGGCCAUUGAAACGGCUUUAUACCAGAGUGCAUUCAGCGGUGUUUCUAAAGGACUUCACUAUGAAACAACCAACCUGUACAACAUGGCAAAGUCAGAGCUAUUCCAUUGGAAUAUGGACCUAUCAAAGUAAGAAAUUGAUUCAUGUGUUUUCAUUAUUACAGCAAAUCUAAUUUUUAUCAGGAGGUGGAUCCAGCCCUGUCAUCCCUCACGCAUUAGGCGUGAUUGACACGAAUUUGCUGGAAAAAUAGGAGUCACGCACAAAUUUUUGCGUGACUGAUAAAUGUCAUGCAAAACACGCAUUAUUUUGAGAUUAUGUCACGCAAAAAUCAUGUAUUUAAAAGUUGGGAAAACCUUAUAUUUACCUAAUAUUUUCAUAAUUUUUCGUUAAAAAAUGGACACCAGAAGCCAUUUGGGGUGCAGAUAUAUUAAAGAUGCAUGAAAAAAUGUUUUCCUCUUUGUUUUCUUUGGCAAAAACUGUGUAUAUUAUGUACCUUUGAUUAUCAUUGUAGUUACUAUCCCAUCCUGAGUACAAGUACA